UACAACCAGGUCCUGGCCUUGGUGUUUGCUGUAGAGGAGAUCAACAAGGACCCCAAUCUUUUACCCAAUAUGACUCUUGGAUAUCAUAUAUAUAACACAUACCACAGCGAUGCCAGAACCUUGGAGAGCUCUUUAAUGUGGCUGUCAGGGCAGGGACUGGCUGUUCCAAAUUACAACUGUGAGAAGCUGGCCAAGACUAUAGCUGUCAUUGGAGGAGGCACUUCUGAAUUGUCAGUCCAAAUGGCCCAUGUAUUUGGACUCUACAGAUUUCCACAGAUUAGCUAUGGUCCUUUUGAUUCCAUCUUGAGCAACAAGGUCCAUUUUCCAAGUGUUUAUCAAUUAACACCUAAGGAUUCCACUCUUCCUCUGGGAAUGGUCCGACUGAUAGUACAUUUCAAUUGGACAUGGGUGGGACUGAUGAUUUCAGAUGAUACCAAGGGUGAAACAUUCCUCUGGGACAUAAAAAAAGAGAUGGACAGGAACGGUGUUUGCUUGACAUUUAUAGAGAAGAUCCCUGCCAGUGAGAGAUAUAAUUUUACUCCAUAUAAUUACAUAAUGCCAAGAAUUGGAGGACUUUCUGCCAGUGUUGUUGUUAUUUAUGGAGAUAACAAUUCACUAAGGAUCAUGCAUCAUAUACAAAUGCUUUACUUCACAUUCAGAAAAGUGUGGAUUACUACUUCUCAGUGGGAUUUCACCAUAAGACCCCGUCAUACACAAUACAAUAUUUUUAAUAGAGCUCUGACAUUUUCAAGUCAGACCAAAGAGAUUCCAAAUUUCAAAUCUUUCCUAAGAACAGUUAAACCUGCCAAAUACCCAAAAGAUAUUUUCCUCAAAAAAUUCUGGAACUCAGCUUUUGGAUGUCCAUUUAAGGAUGGAAACCAUGUACGAGAAGAUUGUUCACAAAAUGCAUCCUUAGAGAUUCUGCCUUUGCGGUAUUUUGACAUGUCUAUGUCUAUUCAAAGUUACACUAUCUACAAUGCAGUGUAUGCUGUGGCUUGGGCUCUCCAUAAAAUGCUCGUAACCAGAACUGAAAUGGAAUCCCUGAGAGAAGGCGACAGCCUACUCAUAUAUCCCUGGAAGCUUCACUCCCAUCUUAGAAACAUACAGUUUAACAACACUGCUGGAGAUCAGGUAUUCAUGGAUGAGAAAAGGAUCCCUGAGGCAAACUAUGAUAUUAACAAUUUUGUGGCACAGAGAAACGGUAGAGAAGUUCUGAGGAAAAUAGGAGAGUUUAUUCCUCAAUCUCCCCUCGGUAAAGAUUUUUGCAUCAAUGAGAAUAUCAUAGAGUGGACCCAAUUUCACAUGCAGAAACACGAGUCAUUGUGCAGUGAGAAUUGUGACCCUGGAUAUCUGAAAUCUGUCAUCAAGGGAGAACCCAUUUGCUGCUUUGAGUGUAUCCCUUGCCCAGAGGGGGAGAUUUCUAACCAGACCAAUAUGAACAAAUGCAUCAAAUGUCCUGAAGAUGAAUACCCAAACAAGGAGAGAAAUUGUUGCCUCCCCAAGGUGGUAACAUUUCUGGGAUAUGAAGACACAAUGGGCAUGAUUCUAGCCUGCACAGCUCUGGCCUUUUGUCUGCUGACAUUUCUAAUCAUUGGCAUCUUUGUGAAGCAUCAAGAAACUCCCAUAGUGAAAGCCAAUAAUCGAACUCUCAGUUACAUCUUGCUCUUCUCCCUAAGUCAAUGUUUUCUGUCUUCUUUACUCUUCAUUGGUAAGCCUACCUCAGCCACAUGUUUACUUCAACAGACAAUAUUUGGGAUCACAUUCACAAUAGCUGUGUCCUCCAUUUUAGCAAAAACAUUCAUAGUAAUUCUAGCCUUCAAAUCCACAAGACCAGGGAGUAGGAGUAGAAAGUGGGUGAGCUCCAGGGCCCCCAUUUCUAUCAUUCUUGUCUGCUCCCUGAUUCAAGGGAUUCUCUGUGGUAUCUGGCUAUUGGUUUCUCCUCCAUUCCCAGAUAUAGAUACAUAUUCAGAACUGGAACACAUGAUUCUAAAGUGCAAUGAGGGCUCUCUCAUUGCCUUCUACCUUGUCCUGGGCUACAUGGGAUUCUUGGCUUUGGGGAGCUUCACUGUGGCUUUUUUGGCCAGAAAUCUCCCUGACACCUUCAAUGAAGCCAAGUUCAUCACCUUCAGCAUGCUUGUGUUCUGCAGUGUUUGGAUCUCUUUCCUACCCACGUACCAGAGCACCAAAGGGAAAACUAUGGUAGCUGUGGAAGUCUUCUCCAUCUUGAGCUCUAGUGCUGGUUUACUGGGCUGCAUCUUCAUUCCCAAGUGCUUUGUGAUUCUUCUUAGGCCACAAUGGAACACUCAGGAAUGGGUGAAUCAUAAACCCUAUGCUGGGAGAAGGAAUCAUUCUAAAGUACUUCCUCAUGCCUCAUAG